GCAUUCUCUGUAUCUACAAACACACACUGUAUGGAACUGAUGCAAGUGAACUCACUUUUCAAAGCUUUUAUUAUCUUUUAUUCACUUCAGAAAAAAAUCAUAAAACUGGAUUUUAUGUAUACUACUUUGAUGCCUAAAUAUAGAAGACAUCAGUUUAUGUUGUGGUUGGUCUAAGUGGAGCUAAUGUGAACUGUUAGGCGGACGUGUGUACCAAUGCAUCCUUUUUUACAAAGUGAUCAUGUUUUCUGACAAUGUUGUGGAGUUAUGGUAACAAUAACUGAAGGUCAAGAACCUGAACUUUUACUGAAGUACUGUGAUUAAAUGUUGAGUAAAUGUGAUACAUUUUCCAAAGGGAUGUUAACAUACUUUUGGUCAUGUUGUACAUCUUUCUUUUUUGUUUGGAUGGUACUACAAAUAAACUUGCUUCAUUGGGCUUUAAAGAGAAAUAGAAAUAAUAUAAAUCUAAGACUGAACCAUUGCUCAAAUACUGACAUAAAUACAGUAACGGUUGCUCUCCACUCUUGUCUGGUCUCGUUUUUCAGGAAUUAAGAAGCCCUGUUUAAACCUGUUACACGUGCACCACACUCCCACGCUUUUCUGCAGUAAUAUGUACAUGUGUGUCAAACUGUGGCCUGUGCCAGAUAAAACAUGGAGUAUGAGUCAGAGGUAACAACAAUGGCCCAGAGAAACAUUUCUCCCUCCCUUAAUGAAUCCUCCAAUUCAACCGCUGUGUAUGACGGCACUGGCACCACUAUGGGCGCCCUCAUCCUGAGCAUCGUCUUUCUCCUGGGCUUCCCUGGAAACCUCUUCAUCAUCUGGAGCGUCCUGGCACGUGCCCAGAAGUAUUCUGUCACCACGCUCCUCAUCCUCAACCUAGCUAUUGCCGACGGCUCUCUGAUGGCUCUCACCCCGUUCUUCAUCAUCUACCUUGUUUUAAAGAAGUGGGUGUUUGGCAAUGUGAUGUGUAAGAUCCUCUUCUACCUGUGUCUGGUCAACAUGUACGCCUCCAUCCAGAUCAUCAUGCUCAUGAGCAUCUACAGGCUGGUGGCAGUGCUGUGGCCGCGGCGCAUCACUCUUGUCACCAACCGCAAGAGUGUUCUGCGGGUGCUGGUGGUGUUGUGGAUUCUGGUGAUUGUCGCCUCUGUUCCUGCAAUAAUCUUCAGAAAUGUGAAGCAGGAGGGGCCUACCGUGUUGUGCGAACCAGUCCACGAGGAAAGCAGCCAUGUGGUCCUCCAGUACAUGCUGGAGCUCGUGUUGGGGUUUGUAAUUCCCUACGGGAUUAUUGUAGUCAGCUACAUCUGCAUUUUACGACGGAUCCGAAAGACAAGGUUCCGCCGUCGCAUUCACAGUGAGAAUCUCAUCCUGGCCAUCGUGUUAACCUUCUGCCUCUUUUGGUUGCCCUACCACAUCAUCAACAUGGUGCAAGUAACAUGGGCUUUGUAUCCAGAUGGUAACGUAAAAAACGUACUCAACGCAAUAUGGCACAAGAGCCGAGCAGUGACGUCUGCUAUAGCCUUCAUCAGCAGCUGUGCCAACCCAGUGCUCUACUUCUUUGCAGGAAAGUCCUACAUCCGGCGAGAAGGGCUGGCGUUCAUGGCCCGCUUGUUUGAGGGCACUGGGCUUGACUCGGCCACCAGGAAGAGCCGACAAAACAGCCAGAACAGCCGGGAAAAAGACAAAGAAGCAGAUGCUAUCGUGCCAAAGGACAAAGCUCCAGACUGUGUUACCAACUCUUCUAUUACCAAACCAGUAAAGAAUGGUAGCUAGAGGACACACAAUUCAGCAGGUUUGAAGCUGGUGUUGUUCCUCUGGCUGUGAAAAUUCCUGUUGCAAAAACGUCAUCAGGGUUCAUCAUGCACAGCUGGUUCCUGCCAGUAAAGACAAGAUUCAGCAGCUGUUCAGCUAAUGUGAAUCCCUGCUCAAAAUGAGACUGUUACCAACUUUAAAAGGGAUGUCACUGGGCAUACUGAUCCAAGAACAUUUUGCCUUAUCCUAAAGUGACAUUGAUAUUUGAAACACUUGACGUUAUUUUUAUAUCACUCACACUGAUGUGUUCGCUUUGUGUGCUUCGACAACAUCCACAAACUAUGGCUAAGGUUUUGAUGACUAUGAUUGAAAAGGCUAAAAGCUGGACUUUUUCUGUAUGGCGUAUAUCAAUUUCAACAAUACAAAGUUGGUGGUAGAUUGAUUGAAAGACAUUUAAAAAGAUUUACCUUUACAAUUUUACUGUUUGUACUGUAAUUUGUUGACAGAUCAUGUCAUUGCGAUACAGAAAAAAUAAGACAAGAGGUUUUACGAGACUGCAUAGCAGACUCGGCUAAGGAUUUUGAGCAAGUAAUGGGGUUUUGCGGGUAAUCCAUCUUGUGCUGCUGUUUGAACAAAUUGUUUGGAGAAAUGCACUUACUGUUCUGCAAAUGGUAGGGAUCAUUCCAGAAAUGUACCAAAGCAACUGAGAAAAACUGCAAAGCUUCAUGAAUAUUUUUUUUGGCAGUUGCAAAGGGAGUUUAUGAGAAUAGCUGCCUUGUUUGGCUGGAAUGAUGAAACACAGUGAGAGUGAAUCAAAACAGUAAGGUCGUUGGCCGAAAAAU